AUGAUCAGUGCCUAUCGGUAUCAUAAAUUUGCUCCAGUCCACUGGACCGCGGAAGACGACUCGCCUCCUACGUUCACCGAGCUCAGAGAUUGGGAAAUGAAGCUUCCGCAGCAUAACCUCAGUUUGCCGUUCCCAGAGGGCAGGUUGGGGCGCUAUGUGCUAUUUUCUAAUUCCAGGGAACAUCAUGUCGGAUGGAACAAUAAACUGAAUGAUAUGCUUAUGAACACAUGGCUGGCAUACUCUUCGAAUCGUGGAUAUGUAUUCCACGAUUUUAUCUGGACGCCUUCACACUAUCCAUGGCCAGUCUCUGCACGCCGUAGUCGAGAAUUGCUUCCACGUACACCACUUAAUGCCCUCAUUUCCGGCCCUUCCGCGGGUGGGUCUUGGGAAGACGGUGACAAGGCCCCUCGCUCCAUUUCCGAGGCCUGGUUUGACAUUGUCUGCCCAAAAUCCGAACGAAGAAUAAUCAAUACACGGGACGUGAAGUCUGAAGUAAAUUGGGCGGACGGGAAGGUCAUCUUCGAGAAGUGGCGAAAACUACUGACCGACGCUCCAGAGAGGUGUGUAGAAGUAGUUGCAGGUCCACCAGAAGAGGAACCUUUCCCGGAGACGUUCGAUAUCUGGUUUUGGAGCGGCGAAAGAAGUAUCUCAUUAUGGGACGAAUUUAAAGAUUCACCUGUCUCGCGCCUAUUGAGCACGUCGCCCAUAAUCCAGUCAGCGAUUGAUGAAAAUUGGCGAUAUUUUGUCUCAAAAGACCAACUUAACAAACCUUUUGACAACGUUCUUUCGAUUCAUGUACGCCGAGGAGAUUUUAAAGAGGCAUGCUUGGAGCAUGCCGCGGAAAAUUCCACGUUUUACAACUGGAACCUUUUGUCUUUUCUUCCCGACAAAUUUCACCCACCGACAGCACCCGCUGGGGUCGUUCUCCCCAAAGGCAAAAAUACACCCGAGAAUGAAGCUAUAUUUCUCGCGCGAUGCCUUCCCUCCGCGGCGUCCAUCACCAGCAAAGUUCGAGCAGCUCGAGAAGCCUAUCUUCAGGCAGCUCAGUCGACGCCUGGUCUUGCAUCGUCCAAUUUUAACAGACUCAAGACCUCCUCACGCAAGUCUUUAGAUGUGCUCUAUAUCAUGUCGAACGAUCGCACAAAAUGGUUGGAUGACCUUAAAGAAUCCUUACGACAGGAUGGUUGGGACCGGAUCGUCACUAGCAAGGACCUCAAGCUGACCGCUGAACAGAAAGAGGUUGGGGUGGCAGUUGAUAUGGAUAUUGGGAGACGAUCGGCUGUGUUUAUCGGGAAUGGGUGGUCAUCUUUUACGAGCAACGUAGUCCAUCGGAGGUUGGUUGACGGGAAGGAGCCCAUUAGCAUUCGCUUUUGGUGA